AUGCGUAUCAAUGUUGCCGCUCUCGCCUUUGCCUCUAGUCUUACUACUGGCAUGGCAUCCCCUCAUGCAUUGGACCGUCGGAAUCAUGCGGCAUACAAUAUCUCCUGUACAUUUGAUUCGGCAUUCCUGGCCCACCUUUGUGUACCAGAGCAAGAUCAACCUGCCGUUCCACCACAAACAUGUAAUCUUGUUGCUUGUGUCGGCUUGACAGGAACACUUACGUGUGUUCUCUCGGCCGUUUCGUCUGGAGAUACUGCUGCUUUACAGCGUUGUAUCUCUGGAGGACUAGGUGAGGUUUGCUCUUGUGCCGCCUGCAUUCCCCAAGUCAACAGUUUUUUACAAGCUGUGGGGGUUUGCAUCGGCGGUCUUGAUGUUGAUAAUAGCACCGCCUCUUCUUUGUCGAAUCUCUCUAUAGAGUUGUCUGAGAUAAGGGCCACAGCUACUCAAAUCACUCAGUUUGAUGCUUCCCAGACGACUGUUGCAUCCACUACUACUUCUGCCUCGUCGAUCUAA